AUGUUUUCCGAACUAGGUAUUGCCCUACUAACUGUAGCGGCUUUCGCAAAUGGAGCCAAAGAGAAUGUUAGGGAGUUCAGCGAUUUGUGUGUACUUUAUAGUUUUUUGGCCCGACCAGUACCAGUACCAGUGAUACAUGGCACAGACGGUACAAAAAGCACACCUGUUACCAGCGUAUUUCAAACAGCACUGAACGAGGUCAUAAAACUUAACCUAACUGUUAUAGACCCCAAAAUGUCUGCUGUGCUGGCAGAUGACAAAAAAUACGACAAAGCAGCGAAGAUACUGGAGAGCCAGGAUGUCAAAGGUUAUUUUGACAAGCUAAGCGCAGAGACCGUCCAAACUAUGAUAAAUGAAUAUCCAACGAUCAAACCAGGCGAAAAAGAAGAUAAAAACUUUAUGAAAAAGUUCAAAGUGCCUGUAAGCGAAUCAACAGCCACAAACGUUCGGCCUCUGAUGGCAAAUUUAGCAGCAGCAGCAAUGCAGAUAAAGUCCGAACUAGACACGAAGCUGGCAAGCCUUUCAUCAACUAGGACAAGGAUCAGAAAGCUUACAGUGACUGCAAUGUUCGGACAAGCAGUGGCCGAGAACCCGACCCAGCCAAUCACGGCGGACACUCAACUCGACACGCUACUAACAGCUCAGAACUUUCCAUGGAGCGACAGCGCCGCCAGAGACGCUGCCUGUGAAAGACCAGAAAGCAACUCAGCAGGACCAGGCAAAGCAAUAGCCGCCGACGUCGUCUGCCUAUGUUCCGAGCACAAAAACGCAGCAAGCGACUCUUGCACAGACACAGCUACCAGCGACACCGACAACUUUGGCGUAGGAUCAGGAAUGAAACUGAAAGCAUUCAACAGGUGGAAGCAGCUACAAACAAAAUGCAAAGAGCAAAACCCGGCCAAGGCAGUAACCCUAAACCCAACAGCAAUUACAGCUGCACUGAGCGCUGUCUUUGGAAACCUUGGCAAAAAUGCGAUAACUCAGGCGAGCGUGACCGGAAAAGCGGCAACACCGGUAGAGAGGCACAGUUACCUCGGAGCAUACGUGGUCGGCGGAACCACACCGACAACAUGUACCAGCGCAAGCUGGGACCCAGGGAGCACAGCGGGAAAAGGCCUCUGCAUAAGCUACGAAAACUUUCUGAACAAAGGCAAGCAGGUUCCGUGGGCAGCAGCGGUAUUAGAUGUAGCUGACGAACUCCACAACCUAGAGGACGCCAACGCAGACAUCAUAACCCUGUACAGCCGUGUCUGCGCAAUAAAGAAACAAAUGGAGACUCUUUUGCUUAUGGGUGAAUUAUUAACUCCGGCAGCGGGACCAGUCCUAACAACUACGACACUCAAGGAAAAGACUGUAGAGGAACAAAAUAAAUUCGCUAGGUUUAACAGCAAUGAAACGGAUUGCACAACUAACGGCUGCGAUUAUGACAAAACUAAAAAGGAAUGCAAACCCAAACCAGGAACGGAAAACACAGCACCACCAACAGGGACCGGAACUGCAGGAGCAACAGCUUCAACUGGCUGUGCAAGACACAAAGACAAAACUGAGUGCGAUGCUGACAAAACAGGCGAAAAGCAAAAUUGCGCGUGGAGAAAGGGUAAAGAGGGUGAACCUGAACCCGAAAAAGAACUGUGCCGAAAUGGUAGUUUUAUUGCCAAUAAGAAAUUGGCUCUGAUGGCUGCUGCAGCCUUUAUGUGUUUUCUAUUUUAG